AUGGCGUUCAACGUUCCUCGCCAUCUGCCAGACUUUGGAAGUCAAAAUCGCGACCUUGAGGACCACGCAUGGUCGUCUCUCCGGGGCGCCGGCGCCCGUGACAAGCCCUUCACGUACACGCCGUCGUAUAAGAAUAGACCGUUAUGGCGGAAAAAGAGGUUCUUCGGAGGCAUCACCAUGCUUGUGGUGUUUGCCCUGUACAUGCUGGGAUUCUGGUCAAGCCCCGAGGUCAAGUCAAAGCCAGCGACGGCCAAGUCAGCCUGGUCAUGGAUUGGCAUGUCAAACUCGGACAAGGUCGACUGGGAAGAGAGGCGGCAGGCUGUCGUGGAAGCUUUCCAAGUCAGCUGGGAUGCCUACGAGCGCUACGCAUGGGGCUAUGACGAAUUUCACCCGGUCGCGAAGACGGGCAAGAAUAUGGCACCUCAGGGUCUCGGCUGGAUCAUCAUUGACUCACUGGACACCAUGAUUCUGAUGAAUCAGACAUCUCGCCUGCAACAUGCGCGGCAGUGGAUCUCCGAGAGUCUGACGUGGGAGCAAAACCAGGACGUGAGCACCUUUGAGACAACGAUUCGCAUGCUGGGUGGUUUGCUCUCGGCCCACUACCUACAGACCGAGUUUCCCAACCUCGCCCCUCUAGAGGAGGACGACGAAGGCGCGGCCGGGGAGGACCUCUAUCUCGAGAAGGCCAAGGAUCUUGCCGAUCGUCUGCUGAGUGCUUUCGAGAGUCCUUCUGGCGUGCCAUACUCAAGCGUCAAUCUCGAAAAGUUCAAAGGCAUUCCGUCGCACGACGAUCAAGGCGCUGCCUCGACGGCCGAGGCAUUGAGCGUGCAGCUAGAAUUCAAGUACCUGGCCAAGCUGACGGGCGAGAAGUAUUUCUGGGACAAAGUCGAAAAGGUCAUGGAGAUCGCUGACGACAACAAUCCACGAGAUGGAUUGGUCCCAAUCUACAUGCACCCCAUCAAUGGCGAGUUCAAGGGCGAGAAUAUCCGCCUCGGCAGCCGUGGCGACUCAUACUACGAAUACUUAAUCAAGCAAUACUUGCAGACCAACAAGGAGGAACCCAUCUAUCAGGAGAUGUGGAAGGAAUCGCUGGCUGGUGUUCGCAAGCACCUGGUCACGUACACCGAGCCUUCCGGGUAUACGAUUAUUGGCGAGCGUCCAAGUGGCCUCAACAAGGCACUGUCUCCCAAGAUGGACCACCUGGUUUGCUUUUACCCGGGGACAAUCGCGCUUGCUGUAACAGGCGGCUUGACGGAGGCCGAGGCCCGUAAGCUGCCAACGUGGUCACAGCAGGAUGAGGAUGACAUGCAGCUUGCGCAUGAGAUCACACAGACCUGCUGGGGUAUGUACAAGUACAUGGCCACGGGUCUCGCCGCCGAGAUCACAUACUUCAACAUUGCCAAACCGCCCCUGAUGGACGGGCAGCCUCAUAACGUUCCCCCAGCGACUUUCGACCCGGACCCCGACGCUAGCUGGCGCAAAGACUUUAUUGUGAAGAACAAUGACCAGCAUAACCUCCAGCGUCCCGAGACAUUGGAGAGUCUGUUCUAUAUGUGGCGUAUCACAGGCGACAUCAAAUACCGAGAAUGGGGAUGGGAGAUGUUCAAGUCCUUCCUCGAGUACGAAGCUGUCGAGGACAAGGGCGGCUUCACCGGCUUAGCCAACGCGAACACCAUCCCACCACGCAUCAAGGACAAUAUGGAGAGCUUCUGGAUCGCCGAAUCCCUCAAGUAUCUCUACUUGCUUUUCUCUGAUGAUGACUUGUUGCCCUUGGACAAGGUCGUCCUCAACACCGAGGGGCACCCUUUCCCCCGGUUCAGCAUGGGGCCCCUUUUCUCAACAGGCUGGCAACGCAAGCCACGCGAUGCCAAUGGUGAUCUCGUUGGCGAGCCUACGCCAUGA